AUGGAGCUAUAUGGAAGUUACAAAUCAUGUUUGGUGUGGCCCAAGCUGUCUGAGGUGUCUCAGCAAAUCAAAUGGGAUCGACCGCAUCUGCAUACCGUUAUUCUUAACUGUGAUGGUGCUUUAGACCGAGAAGGAGAAAUGAGAGGUUUGGGGGGCUGUUAUAGAGAUAAUGAAGGGAGAUUCAUAUGUGGUUUUGCUACUUUUGGUCCACCCGAGUUGAAUGUGUUAGAUUCCAAAGAAGCAGUGGUGAUGCUCAAGGGAGCUUUGGAGUGGUGGAGUAAUUUGGGCAAUGUGAUGGAGGAUAUUAGAAGAUUAAUGGUGGAUCGUGGGUUGGUUGAUGUGGUGUUUCAACCUCGUGCUGGUAAUAGGGCAGCACAUGCAUUGGCCCAGUUUGGAUUGAAGAAAGGUUUGCGGUUUUUUUGGGAAGAUAUUGCCCCCUUUGGCUGGAGCAUGUACUAG